CUCUGUCUCUGACAGGGACUAGUGUCCUCAUUGGCGUCGACGAACAAGGCACGACUCUCGCCGUGAUUGUGAACGUGUGCAAACGAGAAACAUAAAAGAGAAAAAAAAACAUGGGCAACAAAGGCAAGUCCACCAGCGACCGCAUCAAGCGAGCGAGACAGCACGCCGCGGACGCCACGGGACUCGCGGAAAAGAAGCAGCAGGAGAUCGACCAACUACGGCGCCAGCUCGCCGCCUUUACCUCCAAGGCGUCGCAAACCUCGGCUACUCCCCCUCAACGUGGCACACCCGCGAGGCGGACCCCGGCUCCCCGUCCAGGUCGGGAACAACAGCCCGACCAGGAGGAAAAAGGGGACACGCCUGACGGGAGCAACGAGAACAGCGACGGCUCGGAGAACGGCGACGACAACAACGGCGGCGACGACGGCGACGUUGACGGGGACGUCGACGGCGCCGGCGGCGACAACACUCAGGGCAACAGCGAUGGCUCGGAGGACGGCGACGCGGAUGAGCGUGAUAUGCACAUCAUGCGUCAGCUUCUCGAAGAUUUCCGGGAACAGCGACUCUCCCCUCAGGACCGCAAGGCCAUGAUGGAAGCUGCUGGCGGCCAGUUCACCGAAUUGAUGCUGCAGCACCACACGGAGAAGUCCAACCCGCCCGGAUGGUUAGUGUCCCUCUUCCGCCCUACCCUCUCAGCGGCCUCCGCGGAACAGGUCACUCAGCUGAAAAACACGGUGUCAUCCAAUACUGCUAUCAUCAAAGAUCUUCAGACGGAACUUUCCAAGCUGAAGUCAGCGGUGAAGCAGCCCCCUAACCGUGCCUCCAGCCAGGGUUCGUACAGCAAGCGGGCUCGCACCUCGGACAAAUCGGCAACCACCCCUGCUUCCAACCAGAAGGGAGGGGGGGAUCAAUGCCCCUAUCCGGGAUGCAAGUUCCGCCACACUAUCGACAAGUGCGCCCUAAAGAAAAGUGACGAGUCCCGGGGCUUCAAGCGUGUAGCAAACUGACGAGGCCCUUCACGGGAGCCCUCGCCCGCAGGGACACGGACUGCUAGUACACCAUUUGCUGAUGAAACUCACUUAGCACAUGUUGCCCGAGUAAAUUCAGCCCCGCGUGUACCCAACGGUAGAAAUUCGAGGGAAUCAUUUGUUCCUCGGGCUAAGGGAAGUGGUUUAAAAUCCGUACGAGGAUUAUCUAGCAGUGAGUCUGAUACUCAAGUAGCAGCGUCUGCCCCGGUAUCGUUCAAGAAUCAGCCAAGUAGCAACGCAGGGAAGAAUAGGCAAACCAAACGCACUCGUGCGUCAGGACCUAGGUUAGCCCCGCAAGCCCNCUCCGCCGUUACCAUAGUAGUGAAAGCUGAUGGCACUCCCAGAUUCUGCGUUGACUAUCGCUCUACGAUCAAUAAAAAUUUAAUUCGAAAAUCUUGGCCCAUGCCAGAUAUCGAAUCCCACAUUGAUACCGUUGGUGGUGCGAAAUAUAUCAGUUUGCGACAUUCAAAACGCGUAUCAUCAAAUGGAAAUACCAGCAGAAGAGCAAGAUAAGACGGCUUUUGUAACACACAAAGGGAAAUGGGUCUUUAAACGCCUCCCCUUCGGAAUUGCGAAUGCUCCCUUCUUGUUUGCCCGUAUGAUGUCCCUAGCCUUUUCUCACUUUGGACCACGCAGUGGACUUCUAGUGUACAUGGACGACAUCAUCUGCUGCAGUUCUACUUGGGAGAGCCAUCUAACNUAGUGGAUCUCAAUAUGCAUCGUUUCAUACGUCUGCACUUAGUAAAUAUCCACAACACCCUAAUGCGUUAAAUUCGUCCUCCAAGAGAGUGCGAAUUCCUGCCCGAGUUAGUAAUUACCCUGUGUCCGACCUUACUAUCGACACAGCCGCUGAUGUACCAUGUAUAUCAGCAUCCUUUAUCAAAUCGCACCCAAAACUGCAACAUCUACCUCUGAACCCUGUGCCGCCAGGUGCAAUUCAGUUGAACAGUGCAGAUGGGUCCGCAUUAGAAAUCCUAGGUUACAUUCGUUUCAACCUUACACUGGGAGAUAUCACUUUACCAGUGGAGGCCCUCUGGUGUUACCAAACCUAGGUAGGUCCGGAUAAAAUGUUGCUCGAUAAUAGCAUAAUGAAUGCCUUUGGCGCCGUACUAGACUGGUGCGGCGAGCAACUUUCGUUUAAAAAUUCCACAAGGAAAAUUCCGGCAAAACACCGACGAACGAAUAGUCAAGCAGGCCCAAAUGAUAGUGC